UUUUAUAGAUUUUUCGUAAAUUUGAUUCAGUUUGUAAAAAUUACAUACAAUUUAUGAUUUAUAUACAAGACAUCAAAGAAAUUUGCAAUAUUUUUAUGUAAAAGAACGAAAGGCCAUAGUGAAAGUACGAACAGCAUUAUUUAUUUUGAUACCGACUGAAUCGAUAUUUUGAGAAUAAAUAAACGUAAACAUGAAGCUGGAUUCUAAUAAUAAGAUGAUAAAUAGUGAUAGUGGUGCUGAAACACCAGAAGAGGUGGUGGACCCUAGGCAAAAUGCCGAGGAUAUUAUCGACGAGAUCCUCGCAGACUUUACUGAUUUUGUUUCGCCUGACUCUGUGAGGAACGGCAAUGGAGUUCCUGAGAGUUUAUUUGGGAUGAUCCAGCCUCCACGGACACGUACACCAGCCAAUUAUUUUUCUGAAAACGCGACUGUAGACGACAUUGACCCAUCAUCCGAUCUGGGAACUUCAAUAAGAAACAAGUGUUUAGAGUUGGAAGAGAUACUUCAGAGUUUGAAGUCAAGAUUGAACCAUGUAGUCUUGGACGAAAACAUUGUUCUAAGUCCCGAGGCGAACUCGAUGGAAGCGCAGCUUGAACACGAUCUUGAUACAGAUUGUCAGGAAGACUUGUCACUCCAAGAGUUUCUCGAGCUAUUGCAAACACAAAAUAAGAUAAGCCCCACUGGCGUGCAAUAAUCGCCCACAUACAAACUCCUUAGGUUUAAGCUAAAUUUUACAUGAUUUUAUGGUGUGCAAUUAGAAUUUAUCAAAAAAAUAUUAAAGUUUCAAAUGAA